UUGUGUUGGUGUGCCACGGAGAAAUCCAUACUUCCUUUCACUCCUCAGUCUCAAAGGUCCUUAAGUGAACUUUGUCACUACAGAUAGAGCCGAGCACUUUGUGGUUUUCAUUUUAAAUCCCUGUGACUGACGAGAAGGAAGCGAGGGAGACGUUUCUUGUGACAAACUGUUUUUGGCAGGACAGACUCAUGCACGAUGGCCCAGUCUGAGUGGACUUGCAGUCUCUCCAGUGUACAUGAAUGGGAGUCCCCAGAUUAUGAGCCGUCACUUCCUGUUUCGGAGAAGUCCAACCCGCUGACGCGCGACAUCGACCGGGCUUCAGCCAGUCGUAUCGUGAGGAUGCUGCAGGCCUGCGACGCCCAGAUGUUUCAGGAAGAAUCAGGAGCCACCUACCAGAGGCUUCUGAGUGAACAAGUGGUGGCAACGUUGAUGGAGGUCGCUCAGAAGGUGGAGAUCAUUCUCAAGGAUCCUCGGGACAGCCUCGUCGUGCUCAGCGGCUGUGGCACUUCUGGUCGACUGGCUUUCCUCAUCACGUCAGCUUUCAACAGAGCGCUGCAGGAGCUGAGCCAGAGGUCACUUUAUUCCUACAUCAUUGCAGGGGGAGACCGAGCUCUGCUUUCCUCCCAAGAGGCUCCUGAGGACGAUCCAAAGCUGGGCAUGCUCAGUCUGAAGAAGGUCUGCGAGGGAAAGAAGCGUGUCUUGUUUAUCGGUAUUUCCUGUGGAUUAUCUGCUCCGUUUGUGGCGGGUCAGCUGGAGCUCUGCCUGCAGCACCCGGAGGUUUACACUCCUGUACUGGUUGGCUUCAACCCUCCACAUCAGGCCAGGAAUGAGCCCAUUCCAGGCUGCACGUUCACGUUUCGCAGCGUGGUGCAGAGGAUGCAGGAGCUCGCCAAAAGUCACAAGGCCUUCCUCAUCAACCCAGCAGUCGGGCCGGAGGCCGUCAGCGGCUCUUCCAGGAUGAAAGGAGGCAGCGCCACGAAGAUCCUCCUGGAGGUUGUCCUGUCUGCUGCUCAUGCUGCCGCCUUCACAAACACACCUGUCACUUACAAGGGCAUCCUGCAGCACAUGAGAGCGUACGAGAAGACUCUGGAUAUCACGUACGCUCAGAAAGAGGGGAUAAGUGCUCUGUUGGAGGCAGCUGGACAGAGUUUGCAGCGGGGGAGGCGUGUGUGUUACCUGGGCUGGGGCUCCCUCGCCACGCUGGGCCUCAUCGACGCCAGCGAGUGUAUCCCCACGUUUGGAGCAGACUACGAAGAUGUUCGGGGCUUCAUCAGCGGAGGAUACAGAGCGCUGAACAACAAUGAGGGUCCACUGGGUCCUGACUUUUGCAUAGCCCAUGAGGAUUUUCUGCAUCUAGUUCUGCCCUCUCUCGAUGACCGGGACGUCGUUCUCCUUCUCUACACGCAGUCCGAUGAUGUCAGUGACGUGGAGAAAAUGGCCCUCAGAGUGAGAGAAAAGACGUCCAACCUGCACGCUGUUUGUCAUCGGGUUGAGGGAGACACUGCAGCUGAUGAUGACAUCAAUAAGCUGUGUUCAUCCUCACUAAAAAUCAAUUGGCCGCCGCCUGCUUCAGGGAGCUUACUUCACAUGCAGUGGGAGCUGUCCACCAAGCUGCUGCUGAACUCGCUGAGCACCGGAGCUCACGUCUUAAAGGGGAAGAUUUACCAGAACCACAUGAUGGACGUGCAGGUCACCAACAGCAAACUGUACUGCAGAGCCACACGCUUACUCCAGAAGCUGUCUGGUUGUCCUGAGAUCCAAUGUGAAGAAGCUCUCCUGAAGGCCGUCUACCGCGUGGACGAGCUGACCGUGGACAUCACGUCCUCGGACAUCAUCACACACACACACACUGCCAGAAACAGGACCAAGGUGGUGCCUCUUGCUUUGGUCUGCUUGCUGACUGGUUGCUCACUGAUGGAGGCGGAGACUCAUUUGCAGCAGCAGCCAAUCGUACGGGAGGCUGUGGAGGCGUGCCUGGCAUAAUUGAGAGGUCAUAGGUUCUAUUAUAUUUAGUGUUAUUAUAACAAGCGCAUCAUUUAUUGGUCCUGGCUUUUUAUUAUGAGCUCAUUUUGUCUUAUGACUAAGAGGCAGAGUCGACAGCCUCAACACAAGAAUAAUAACCUGUCAAUUUGUACUGAAAUAAGUUGUUUCAAAUAUGAAGGAAGAUGUUAAAACAUCAGGAACA